CUUCCCCCACAGUUCCGCCAAGAGUACAGCACAGGUCUAGACGAUCUUGUGCUGUGGUGGUUCCGGACACAUCUUCUCGGCUGUACGUCGGCGAGACAGGAAGGAAGUCGCCGUCAAGUUGAUUCCAAAAGCUUGCAUCCCAGACAAUCAAUGGGUGCACGACGACGUGCUGGGACUUGUACCGAAAGAGGUCCAUGUUCUACGAACCAUUGACCAUGCUUCCGUCAUUUGCUUUAUCGAUUUCUUCCAAGAUGACCGAGCAGUUCUCAUCGUUAUGGAACUUUUUGGAUCAUCAUGGCGAUGUUCAGCAAUUCGACCCACCGAACACAACCCUUUCCCCUCCGCUAUCCGACCAGUCAGACGACGUGCAAUGGAUCUCUUUGAGCUUCUCGAAGUGAAGCCACUGACGGAAGACGACGCCCACACCAUCUUUCUUCAAAUCAUUACAGCUGUCGACGCCCUUUUCACAAAUUACCAUCUUAUCCACGGGGACAUUAAAGACGAAAACAUACUCAUCGACUGGUCAGGCACCCUGCCCAUUGCAAAGCUCAUCGACUUUGGCGGCGCGUUGCAAAACGUUGACACAAAUACAAGAUGCACGGAAUCCGACUUUCACGGCACGCUCGAAUUUGCCCCACCAGAGAUCGUACUUGGCAAAGGAUACGACCCUGAAAAGGCAGAAGCAUGGAGCCUAGGCGUGCUUUUGUACGGAAUGGUCAACAGGGGUUCUGGGCCAUUUGCGACACCGCAUCAAACCGCCUUUGGCGGUUAUCAGCUACCUAAAUGCUCAGACGCUUGCCAAGAGCUCAUCGGGAGGAUGUUGGUCAAAGACCAGAGGUACAGAGCUGGAUUCAAGGAAAUAUUAGAACAUCCUUGGGUAGUCGGAAAACGCUGAAAAUUGGCAGGACCCAAGUUGUGUUCCUGGGUAGAGCUAAUCUAUUGCACUGUCGUCUGUAUUCUGUAUAUAUAUAGUAUUUAUCCGAGGAUGAUUCCCCAAAUGACAAUCAAAAGAUGCUCUUUACACACA